AAUCCGACUGAGAAGACAACAGCGAAGGAGAAAAGGACCAAAGAGAAAACACGGGAGAUCCACCAGACAGUACAAAGAUGAGCACCAACACAGUUUACUACUGGAGACUCCUGCUACUCUUCCUUAUCCAAGUUCAAGCCAGACCCAGACUACAGAACAACCUCGAGACUUUGUCCAAACUGUUGGAGGGAGAGGUUGAGCGCUAUCUGUUACAAGAAGCUUUGGAGGACGGAACAGACGGGACAUCUCCCGUUGGCACCUCACUCCACCUGCAAAAUGGCCAGCGUACCUGGGACGAGAACUUGCAGGACCUCGGAAGCCAACACAGGGUUCCUGAUGGUUCCCUUAUACAACUCCUCAGUGACAUUGCCAACAGUCCCUUGAGAUUAAAGACGAGAAGCAAGAAGGGGUCAACAGGAGGAUGUUUUGGAGUGAAAUUGGAUAGAAUUGGCGCAAUGAGUGACUUGGGAUGCUGACCAUUUAACUCGAGGGCUUCGCUGACAAUGCAGAACAGGAGGGACAACCUCCCUAUGGCUCUACCCACGUUUCAAAGUUUGCUUUAACUAAAGCUGUUUCGACUUGUGUUCCACAAAGUCCAAGUGUUGAAUCCUACUGGCUCACUGUAGAAUGUUUACAAGUUUCACUUAUUAGUAGCCGUACUUAAUAGAAUCGUAUAAACGCUAGUAAUUUUAUAAUUAUUGGAUGAAAAGGUAUUUAUAUUAAUUUAAGAGAAACAUUAUUUAUAAACUUUUUGUCUCUGUUCCGUGUUCAUGUAUUUGCUGUAAUGCGAAAUACGGUACAAAUUAUCUGGAAUUUUAAAUAGGUUCUUUGUUUGAAAUACUAUUGGAAAUAUAUUAUUUUAUACUCUUCUACCGUUUCACGAUAGCCUCAGAACUGUAAAAUAAGUAAUAUAUUUUAUUUCCCCUUUAGAAGCGCUUUAUUUACUGGUAUGUUAAAGACACUGAAAAGCUCUCUUGUUUGGCAAAGGUGGUGCGUUACAGUGCAAUGGCACGCCUCAUAUUAUCCAUUGUUGAGCGGGAAUGUAACGAGAAACACAAAGCAUUCGUCAGUCGCAGAAUUAGACAACCUGUCGUUCGCAUCAAUGUUCACGUUAGAAGUGAUAAUGUACUCAUUCCAGAGUAGUGAGAUUUUUGUUGCUUUAACAUUCCUCAUUAUUAGAGUCAAAUAAAUCGAAAUUGCAGCAUGA